UUUACAUCCAAGAACAAAUAAAAACUUCUCGUAAUUCUUGUUUAUUUCAAUAAUUUGACGAUUUUUUGUGUGCUUUGUAGUUAUUAUGAAUGUAGAUGACCCAACGAUAUCCAUAAGAAUUUGUCAAGAAGGACACGCAAAUGCCUUGGCACUCAACAAAAGCAGCACGCAAAUCGCUGUCGCGGGUCGCAGCUUGCUCAAAAUUUUCUCCGUCGAGAGUGAUGGCUUCACGGAAGUUUGCAACAUGCGAGGCGGCAAGAACCAAAACUUGAGUUAUUCGAGCAACGACGUCGCCUGGUCUCAUCUCGACAAUAAUUUGCUCGCGACAGCUGCUACCAACGGCGUUGUCUCUGUCUGGGAUUUGUCGAAAUUUGGGCGGCACAAACAGACUUUAGUUUACAAUGAACACGAACGAACUGCGCAUUCGGUGACUUUUCAUCCAACGGAUCCAUCGAUUUUGAUUUCCGGAUCGCAAGAUGGCACGAUAAAAUGUUUCGAUUUACGGGUAGAACGUGCGGCGGCGACUUACACGAGCAAUUCCGAGAGUAUUCGUGACGUAAAAUUCCAUCCGAAUAAUCCAAAUAUCUUCGCAGCAGUGAGCGAAAAUGGUUCAGUGUCUUUGUGGGACCUAAAAAGGACUGAUAAAACCUUGCAGCAGUUCACAGCACACAGUGGACCCAUUUACACUUGCGAUUUUCAUCAAACGCAACCGUGGCUGGCAACCGGAAGUCGCGAUAAGGCGAUCAAAGUGUGGCAUAUCGGCACAAAACCAUCGCUGGAAUACACAAUUCACACAAUUGCGGUCGUUGGGAGGGUUAAAUGGCGUCCCGAGAAGACUUUUCACAUUGCGAGUUGUGCUUUGGUCGUAGAUUACUCCGUACAUGUGUGGGAUGUGCGUCGCCCCUACAUCCCGUAUGCGAGUUUUAACGAACAUACGAACGUCACAACCGGAAUUGUCUUUAAAUCGAACGAUCCGAACAUUUUAUUGUCCACGAGCAAGGAUUCGACGAUCUAUAAACACAGUUUCAAGGACGCCAGUCUUCCCUUUUUGAAAGCAAAUCCUCAGGGCACGUCUUUGAACAUCAAAGGAGAACUCAUGUUCGCCCAACGCGUGAAUCAACAACUCGAUUUGGUGAAUAUUACGCCGCGCGGGUCUCCGUUGAUCGGAAAACCCGUCACUGAUGUCACCGGAGUCUUUCAUCAGACCAAAAGUUGUCUUUAUCGCAUGACAAAUCGAUCUCCGGUGACUUUGAGAGAUGGAUUUCAUGAAGGGCUCUUCAACGACGAGAUUCAACUGGACCAAGAUUAUAACGUGAUAGGUCGUUGUGCUUCAGAAUAUCUCUUGGAAGGCAAUUUUCAGGACAUUUGUGAGCAUAAUGCGACUGUAGCAGCUCGUUAUGGCAGACCAAGUACCGCACUUUUAUGGCAACUUGUCGCGAGACUCUUCAAAUUGUACUCAAAAACUUCGGUGACGUCACGCCCAGCUCAGAUGAUCCCGAAAAAAGCCGCGGAAACGGCGUUGCUGCAAAAUAAAACACUUUUAACGAACCAAAAAAAUCAAAAAAUGCCGGAAUUUGAGAGAAAAGACCUCAGUGUCAUGAAAGAAGAGCUCAUUCCGCUGCCAAUUCGGAGUAAUUAUCAGCAAAAUAUCGACACGCACGCCCUCAGCAACAGUCCGGAGCUUAGUAACAUGGAUCCUGUCUUUGGAAAUACUGAAAUUAAUUUCGAAAAUUUGGAAUGUGUCAAAAAUUUUCGCAAAGGAUUCUUGUACAUGGGAAAUUGGCAGCACGAAAGAAAUAUUUUGAACUUUGGAAAUGAUCAUCACUCACCUCAAUUCACCGCGAAAUCCGAAUCUGAGUCCGAUAGUUUGACCCUUUACGAAAUGCAGCAACUCCAAAUCACGCAAACCAACGAAUCGCUCUACCUCUGGGACAUUUUCGAGAUGAUACGGAAUUUUAUGGUCACGAGUGUCGAAAAUGGCGACAUUCAAAUGGCCGUUUCUCUAUUGUUAGCGAUGCAAGAUAAAACGCAGGAAUUGGCGAUUGAAGAGGAAUUGCAGGAAUUUUGGGUGCUUUCGUACAUUGAACUGCUUCAAAGGUAUCAAUUGUGGAAUGAAGCGACGCGAGUGAUGAAUAUUUGUCAAUUGGAUGGCGUUCGGCAGGCAAAUCAGCAAUCGACGUCGGUGUUAACGGGAUGCGGGACAUGCAAUAAAACGUUGUCGAAUAUUCCGUGGUAUUGUGAAAAGUGUAAAUCUGUCGAAGCAACGAAAUGUGCCUAUUGUCGACUGCCUGUGAAGGGAUUGUAUCUUUGGUGCCAAACGUGUUGUCAUGGCGGGCAUGUUGAUCACAUGACGCAUUGGUUCACGCACAAUUCCAAAUGUCCCGUGUGUGGGCAUUUGUGUGAAUAUGACUAAAAAACCAAAAAAAAAAUUAAAAUAAAAAAUUUAUUCGAGGUGAUAUGUUCAA